CAUAUAUUCCUACUUUGAAAACGCAACAAAAAAACAGCUUAUCUUUGUCCCUUCAAAGUGGGGUAUUGAUUCCAUUUUGGACAACUAUAUCUUCCACUUCACUUUGACACCUUAUGACAUGAUUCUCUACUCUUUUAACACCUCUAAACCUCUCAAUCUAAAUCAACCCUUAACAAGAUUUGUUGAACAUCGUACCGAAUGAGCUCACCCGAUAAGGAGGACUACAAGCUGAAGGACACGAAACUGCAGCUCGGCGAGCGAUGGCCGCACGGCGGUAUACGUGGUGGAGGCGGGUGGAUCACAAGCGAGAGAGCGACGAGCACGUACGAUCUUGUGGAGCAAAUGUUUUACCUUUACGUUCGUGUGGUGAAGGCAAAGGACCUACCGCUGGACCCGGUGACAGGGAGCUGUGAUCCAUAUGUGGAAGUGAAGCUGGGGAAUUACAAGGGAAGGACUCAGCAUUUUGAGAAGAAAACAAACCCUGAAUGGAACAACCAAGUUUUUGCUUUCUCUAAAGAGAAGAUUCAAUCCACUGUUCUUGAGGUUUUUGUUAGGGAUAAAGAGAUGGUGCCGAGAGAUCAAUAUGUUGGGAAGGUGGUGUUUGAUCUGAAUGAAGUGCCCACCAGAGUCCCACCGGAUAGCCCUUUGGCGCCGCAGUGGUACAAGUUGGAAGAUAGACAAGGCGUCACCAAGGUGAGAGGGGAGAUCAUGCUUGCAGUUUGGAUGGGAACACAGGCCGACGAAGCCUUCCCAGAUGCAUGGCACUCCGACGCGGCCUUCGUUCAUGGAGAGGGCAUCUAUAGCAUAAGGUCAAAAGUCUAUGUAUCUCCAAAGCUAUGGUACCUAAGAGUGAACGUAAUAGAAGCACAAGACGUCGAGCCACAAGAUAGGAGCCAACCACCACAAGCCUUCGUAAAAAUUCACGUAGGAAAUCAAGUGCUCAAAACAAAGCUAUGCCCAACAAAAACCACAAACCCACUUUGGAAUGAAGAUCUAAUCUUUGUAGUAGCUGAGCCAUUCGAAGAACAACUUGUUUUAACCGUGGAAAACAAAGUGUCAUCAGCAAAAGAUGAAGUCAUGGGACGACUCAUAACACAACUCAAUGGCUUUGAGAGACGUUUGGAUCAUAGAAUUGUUCAUUCACGUUGGUUCAAUCUUGAAAAGUUUGGAUUUGGUGCAUUAGAGGGUGACAAAAGGCAUGAAUUGAAGUUUUCUAGUAGGAUUCAUUUGAGGGUUUGUCUUGAAGGAGCUUAUCAUGUCAUGGAUGAAUCUACAAUGUAUAUUAGCGAUGUGAGGUCAACAGCUAGGCAGCUUUGGAAGCAGCCAAUUGGGAUCCUUGAAGUUGGGAUUUUGAGUGCUCAAGGGCUUCAACCAAUGAAGAAAAAUGAUGGCAAAGGGAGCACGGAUGCUUAUUGUGUGGCCAAAUAUGGUCAGAAAUGGGUUAGAACAAGAACUAUAACUGAGAGCUUCAAUCCCAAAUGGAAUGAACAAUACACUUGGGAGGUUUAUGAUCCUUGCACUGUUAUUACCAUUGGGGUUUUCGACAAUUGCCAUUUGGGUGGUAACGAUAAGAACGACUCGAGAAUUGGAAAGGUACGUAUAAGACUUUCAACACUCGAAAUGGAUCGAAUCUACACCAACUCAUAUCCGCUUCUCGUGUUACAACCAUCUGGGUUGAAGAAGAUGGGAGAGCUCCAACUAGCUGUGAGAUUUACAUGUCUUUCCCUAGCACACAUAAUCUAUCUCUAUGGCCAUCCCCUCUUACCUAAAAUGCACUAUCUCCACCCCUUCACCGUCAACCAAGUCGAUAGCUUACGAUUCCAAGCGAUGAUCAUAGUAGCGGCGAGACUCGGUCGAGCCGAACCAUCUUUAAGAAAAGAAGUUGUAGAAUACAUGUUAGAUGUCGAUUCCCAUAUGUGGAGUAUGAGAAGAAGCAAAGCAAACUUCUUUCGAAUUGUUUCGCUCUUCUCGGGCGUCAUUACCAUGAACAAAUGGCUUGGAGAAGUUUGCCAAUGGAAGAAUCCGAUAACAUCGAUUCUCGUUCACAUCCUCUACUUCAUCCUUAUAUGUUUCCCCGAACUCAUCCUCCCAACAACUUUCCUCUACAUGUUCCUCAUCGGCGUCUGGAACUUUCGGUAUCGACCAAGACAUCCACCGCACAUGGAUAUCAAGCUCUCUUGGGCCGAGGCAGUUCAUGCAGACGAGCUCGACGAGGAGUUUGAUACUUUUCCGACGUCGAAAACGCAAGAUGUGGCACGAAUGAGGUACGAUAGGCUAAGAAGUGUUGCGGGACGGAUUCAAACCGUUAUAGGAGACAUUGCGACUCAAGGGGAAAGGUUUAUGGCGCUGCUUAGUUGGAGGGAUCCAAGAGCUACGAGCCUUUAUGUUUUGUUUUGCCUUGUUGCGGCCAUUGCAUUGUAUAUUACGCCGUUUAAGAUUGUGGGUUUGGUUGCGGGGAUUUAUUGGCUUAGACAUCCUAAGUUUAGGAGUAAGAUGCCAUCGGUGCCUAGCAAUUUCUUUAGAAGGCUUCCUUCUCGAGCUGAUAGCAUGAUUUGAUGCUAUCGUUCUUCGAUUUCU